CCUCCGCCGCAGUGCGCCUGCGCAGAGAGCUUCCCGGGCUCCGGCUGGACCGCGGUGGGCGCUCUCGGCGCUGUCUCGGCGCGCUCCGGCGUCAUGGCUCGGCCGCCUCCCGACGUGGAGGAGGACGACUGUCUCCCUGAGUACCGCCACCUCUUCUGCCCGGACCUGCUCCGGGACCAGGUGGCCUUCAUCACGGGUGGCGGCUCCGGGAUCGGGUUCCGGAUCGCCGAGGUUUUCAUGCGGCAUGGCUGCCACACAGUCAUCGCCAGCAGGAGCCUGCCGAGAGUGUCGACGGCUGCCAAGAAGCUGGCUGCUGCCACCGGCCAGCGCUGCUUGCCUUUGUCUAUGGACGUCCGAGAUCCCCCAGCAAUCAUGGCUGCUGUGGACCAGGCACUGCGGGAGUUUGGCAAAGUCGACAUUCUCGUUAACUGUGCGGCCGGAAACUUCCUGUGCCCCGCCGGCGCGCUGUCCUUCAACGCCUUUAAGACCGUGAUCGACAUCGACACCAUCGGCACCUUCAAUGUGUCUCGCGUGCUCUACGAGAAGGUCUUCCAGAACCACGGCGGGGUGAUCGUGAACAUCACCGCGACCCUGGGUCUGCGGGGGCAGGUGCUCCAGGUGCAUGCAGGCUCUGCGAAGGCGGCUGUGGAUGCUAUGACACGGCACCUGGCUGUGGAGUGGGGGCCCCAGCACGUCCGUGUAAACAGCCUCGCUCCAGGCCCCAUCAGCGGCACAGAGGGGUUACGGCGACUUGGUGGUCCCCAGGCCAGCAGGAGCACAAACGUCCCUGCGAUCCCCCUGCAGCGGCUGGGGAACAAGACGGAGAUAGCCCACAGUGCGCUAUACCUGGCCAGUUCCCUGUCAUCCUAUGUGACCGGAGCCAUGCUGGUGGCAGACGGCGGGACAUGGCUGACGUUGCCAAAUGAGGCCAGGAGGCAGGUGGAUUCUGCACCGCUCGCUAAGCUCUAGGCAGCAGGAGGUGGCGGCUCAGGCGUGCGGGUCCCGGACGCCCUCACGGAAGAAGACGCAGACAGAGCGCCUGGCUCCCGGCUCCGGCCUGGCACUGAGGGAGCGCGCCGGCCUUGGAAGGCGUCCGUCAUCCAAAUAAACAAUCGCGACUGAGCACUUGUA